AUGGAUCCCUUUCAACCGUUUCCAACCGUUCUGGUCGCCACGCAAUGGGAGCGGGUGCAAGCGCUCAAGGAGUUGGACAAGCCGGCAUUUAAAGCCAAGAAGAUGGCGGAGUAUCCAAGCAUUGAGGCGGACCCUGACCUCAUGAACCUGUCUACCGGUGACUCGGAUGAUGAGGGCGAGAAGAACAAGCAGACAGGGAGGGAGUGUGUGCAAGCGCUCAAGGAGCUGUACAAGCCGGCAUUCAGAGCCAAGAAGAUGGCUGAGUACCCAACCAUUGAGGCGGACCCUGACCUCAUGCUGCUGUCUACGGGUGAUUCGGAUGAUGAGGGCGAUAAGAAGAACAAGACAGGUGAGGCGCGAGGGAGAGGGGGAAGGAGGGAGCGUAUGGGGGGGAAGGGAGCUGAGGGAGUGGAGGGAACCCCUGGAGCUCGGGCGUCCCCCACUCACGACUCAGGGGGGGAAGAGGAGCAGGGGAGUUCGGGGGAAGGGGGAGAGGGGGAGGGGAGAUUGGCGGGAGGGGGAGAGGGGACAGUUGGGGGAGCGGGGCAGGAGCGGGAGGGGAGAGGGGGGAGCGAGGGGGAGAGAAGAGAGAGGAGGAUAGUGCUAUUCCUAUGUCCCGAUCUCUAUCUGGUUCCUCACCAGCAGCAGCAGCAGCAGCAGCAGCAGCAGCAGCAGCAGCAGCAGCAGCAGCAGCUUCAGGUGCAGCAGCAGGCAGAGUUGGAAUCCGCCUGGCGCACCGAGCUCUCUCGCCUGGAGCAGCAGCAGCUGUGGCACUACCGCGACCCCCAGGGCGACCUGCAGGGGCCCUUUUCCCUCGCGCGCCUGCGCGGCUGGCUGCCCCUCAACGUCUUCCCUCCCGACCUGCGUGUGUGGCGCGUGGGAGAGGGGCCGGAGAGCGGGGUGCUGCUGGGGGAGGUGGCGGAAGGGAAGGUGGAUCCGUUUGGGGUGGAUAAGCAGCAGUUCUGGGCUGCUGCUGGUGGUGCUGCUGGUGCUGCUGCUGCUGCUGCUGCUGGUGGUGCUGCUGCUGGUGGUGUUGGUGGGGGUGCUGCUGCUGCUGUCUCUGGUGGUGGUAUGGUUGGUGCUUUUGGUGCUGGCGGUAGUGUUGGAACGGGGCUGGCAGCGGCGGGAAUCGGGCCACCAGCAGGGGCAAUGGGUCUAGCAGGGGUAGCAGGGGCAGCAGGGGCUGCAGCGGGCACGGGAGCGUUCGGUGUGCCAAGUGGUGGGGUGGGGGGACCUGUAGCACCCCAAUUUUCCCAAAUUCCCCAGGUUUCUCACUCCCCUCACGUUCCUCAUGCCCCCCAUGCUCCUCAGAUGUAUGCUGGCAUGGGGCAGCAAGGCACACCCGUUGGCCCUGGGGUUAAUGCUGCUAGUGGGGCAGCAGGAGUAGGAGGGAUGAUGGGGGGAGGAGGAGGUGAUGGGUCAGGGUGGCAAAGCAGGGGUGGUGGCAGCAGUGGGUGGGGGGGAGGGUGGAGUGAGGGAAACAGGCAGGUUUGGGAAGGAGGAGAACAGGGUGCUUCUGGGGCAGGUGGCUUUGGAGCGGGUGCUUCUGGGGAAAAUACCCCUGGGGUAGGUGGUACUGGAGGAUGGGGAGGAGAGAGUGAGAAUGGAGGUUGGCUAAGUCGAGGGGGUGGGGAGGGACGGGGGAGGGGGAAUGAGGAUGGGGGCUGGCAGAGUAGGGGUGGAGGGGAGGGACAGGGAAGAGGGAGUGAUGGCGGGGGUUGGCAGAGUAGGGGCGGAGGAGAGGGACGGGGGAGAGGGAGUGAUGACGGGGGUUGGCAAAGCCGAGGGGGAGGUGAGGGACGGGGGAGAGGGAGUGACGAUGGGUGGAGGGAUGGUGGUGGGAGGAGGGAGAUUUCGUUUCGAGGGCCGGGAGGGGGGAGAGAGCGAGGGGAUGAUGAGUGGAGUGGUGGUGGUAGUGGAAGUUUCUCUCUCGACCUGGUUGUCAGGGCACACGUGCAGGCGAGCAGGACGCAUCGCUUCCGUGUUGCUAGUGCUGCUGUCUCAUCAGCACCUCCUCGCCUCUCCCCGCAUCUCCCCCCACUCCUCCCAACCUCCCCUCUUUUUCCUCACCCGGUGCAAUCUUGCCAGGGCACACUGACGCCCAGGACCUUCUCGCCUGGGCACACGUGCAAGCGGGCAGGGCACAUCUCUUCUACAUGGCUCUUGUCUCAUCAGGCCCUCGCCUCCCCGCAUUUCACCCGCCCCAUCCCUUGCCCCCUCUUUGUCCUCAUCAGAUUCGCCCAUGACCUAGUUGCCAAGGGACAUGUGCAGGCGGGCAGGGCACAUCUCUUCUGCGUGCACUCCCUCUCGCGCCUCCCUCCUCCUCUCAUCGCCCCGCUCCUCUCCUCUCUCACCCUCCUCCUCCUCUUUCUCCUCUGGUCCUCCCUCCACUCCCCCGCCACCCAAGUCUCCCACUUCGCCCCUCCCUCCUCCCCCCUUUCCUCCCUCUCCACCCACUCCUCCUCCGCUCUCACCGCUCUCAACCCAUCGUCAAGCAUCUUCACCGCAUGUCAAGAGCUGCUAGCAGCACACGGCAGAGCCGUGAGUGUGGCAGUGGGGGCGGAUGAGGGAGGGCCGGGGGCAGCAGCGGCUGUAGCCGCCGCUGCCACUGCUACAGCCGCCGCUGCUGCAACUGCCGCUGCUGCUGCAACCGCCAACACCUCUGCCGAACCCCUUUCCAGCCAAAACCCACAGCAGCAACAACCAGCAGCACCGGACCAACCCAAGCCCGUCAUCCCGGGGUCGACCCUCCUCACCGAACAGGCCCUGAAAUCUUUCGAGCAGCGUUUCGAGUGCCUCGCCACCCAGGGUAUCUGGGAUUUAGACCCGGUCCCCCGCCAACUCCCGUGGUUCAAACUCCGCAAGGGUUGGUCUGGAUGGGAGUGUGAUGCUGCCUGGUCACGCCAAGCCUCUGAAACCGGAAAUCUGGCCUUCACCGCUGCCGAUGCUGUAGCUGAUGAGGCUCGGCAUGCACGGGAGUGGCAGGUUCGGGACGCGGCAAAGUAUCGGUGGAGGGUGCACAGGAGGUGCGGGCGGUGGAGUGCGGUGGAGAGGGGUGAGCUGGCGGGGAGGCUGGCGGGGCGGAGGGUGCUGAUGGUGGGGGAUGAGACGAGCGCCAUGCUGUUCCUGUCCCUCCGGAAUCACAUGCUCAUGCCAGGAGGGGGGGGGGCGGGGGGAGGAGCGGGAGGAGCAGGAGCAGCAGGAGCAACGGGAGGAAGAGGGGGAAGUGGGAAGGGAGGAGGAGGAGGGGGGUACGAGGGGCUGGAGCAUCGGAUCAUGGUGAGGGAUGAGGUUCCAGAUUUCUGUGCCAGGCUGGACCUAAGGCAGCAGCAGGACUUCCCUGUUUGCACGCAAUUCACGUUCGGCGACUCCGCGUCCGUCCUCUUCGUUCGGGAUGACGUGCUCCGAACCUCGCCGCCCAAUACCGACCCUGCAGCUCAGGAUCCGGCUGCCGGACCUGCGGACGCAUCGACCCUCUCGUUGCCCUGGUUCGACCAGAUCAAGGCUAACGAGUGGGCGAAGCGGCUGGUGAAGGCAGUUGGGGGCGUGUUCCUUGAUGUUGACCCCAUGACCGCAUUAAGACCGGAUGGGCACAUUCGCCCGCCAUCUGACUGCCUGCAAUAUUGCCUGCCUGGGCCUCCCGAUGAGUGGACCAGAUUGCUGUAUCACAUGCUGAUAGAUUUGCUUUGA